UAAAAAAAAUCCCAAAGCUGAAAGGGAAAAAAUAUAUUUCUACCUCUAUGCCACUUUCAAUUCUUUAAAAAACUUCUCUUUCCUGGAAAAUCUCGACUUUCUGCCUCUGUUCUGUCAGAAAUGCUCCUGAAGCUUCCUGGGUUGUGUUAAAAAAACCAAAUUUUUUGAGUUCUUUUGAAUAAUGGGUAAUAGCUUCAUUUGCAGGACAAAGAAAGAUACCAAAGAUAAUGGAUCAAGAAGCAAGAGAAUGGGUAGGUCUCAGAGGAAAAUGCUUGCAGAAGAAGAGCUUUUGCAUAGGCAAGCUUUGUCUAUGGCUCUUCAUCAACACCAAUUAUCUCAGAGAUUCGAUGGAUCCAUGUCUAGAAGAAUUGGCUCUACCAGCUCUAGAAGACACUCUGAUCCAUUAGCUAAUAAUGAAAAAAAGGUAUUGGAAUCUCUUGAAAAUAUCAAGUUUAAAAAAAUUAUUCUGAUACAUGGAGAAGGCUUUGGAGCCUGGUGUUGGUAUAAAACGAUUGCUCAGUUGGAGGAAGUAGGCCUUCUGCCUACUGCAUUGGAUCUUACAGGUUCUGGUAUUGAUCUGACAGACACAAACACUGUAACCACAUUGGCAGAAUAUUCAAAACCAUUGAUUCAAUAUCUAGAGAACCUUCCCAAAGAUGAGAAGGUUAUUUUGGUGGGUCACAGCAGCGGCGGUGCAUGCCUUUCUUAUGCAUUGGAGCAUUUUCCCGAAAAGAUCUCCAAAGCAAUUUUCCUUUGUGCUACGAUGGUGUCUAAUGGUCAGAGACCUUUUGAUGUCUUUGCUGAAGAGCUUGGUUCUGCUGAACGUUUCAUGCAAGAGUCACAGUUUUUGAUUCAUGGAAAUGGCAAAGAUAAGCCUCCUACAGGGUUCAUGUUUGAGAAGCAGCUGAUGAAAGGGUUAUAUUUCAAUCAAUCACCGACAAAGGAUGUUGCAUUGGCCAUGGUUUCUAUGAGACCCACCCCACUAGGUCCUAUCAUGGAGAAACUGUCAUUGUCCACUGAGAAGUAUGGAAUCGGGCGGCGGUUCUACAUUCAGACAUUAGAUGAUCGUGCUCUUUCACCAGAUGUGCAAGAAAAGCUAGUAAGAGAAAACCCACCAGAAGGAGUUUUCAAGAUUAAAGGGAGUGACCACUGCCCGUUCUUCUCAAAGCCACAGUCCCUUCACAAAAUUUUAAUAGAAAUUGUUCAGAUUCCUUAGCUUAAUUUUCAGAUAAAGAAGAUAAAGGGACUAUUCUUUAAUCUUUAUUUCUAUUUUCUGACAGAAGACAAAUGGUUUCAAAGGUUGCUUCGAUACUUGCAAUAGGCCUGUUCUUGUAUGUAGAACACUAGGGCCACCUCUCUGUUCUUGUAUGUAGAACAUUAGGGCCACUUCCUUCGAUUCUUUUUUUUUUUUUUAUUGUAAGUUACAUGUUCUUCAAGCAAUGCAAAACUUUUGGUUAAUCAUCGGCAUGGACACAAAAGCUUUAACAUGAUUCUGUGGAAAGUGGUAAGCACUUUGUCUAUUGAAUU